AUGGCAUCUAAUUUUACAGCGUUAGUUGAAAAUGUGAUCACCUGUCCAAUUUGUCUUAAACAUUUUGAUGAACCACGUAUGCUGCCAUAUCAUCCUGAUUUAACUACACCUAUGUGUCAUAGAUGUGGCACUGAUGUAGCUGAACAUUGGUGUGAUAGUGAUUGUAAACAUUGUUUUUGUUCCAAAUGUUGGGAUAGCAUUCAUGAAGUAGGUCAAUAUCGAAAUCAUACAAAAUGUCCUGUUAGAGAAAGACCACCUGAGAUACCCAGGUGUCAAGAACAUGAACAUGAUGAUGAUAAGGUUAAAUAUUGGUGCGAAGGAUGCUCGAAAGAGAUUUGCAACAAUUGUCAACAAUUAAAGCACAAAGAUCAUUCGGUUAUUUUAGUGACUGGCGAUGUAAAUCCUUUAGAAGAAAAGUGCAAAACAGGAUUACAGGGAGUUCAAUUGUGUUUGAACUAUCGAUCAAACCGAGUGGACAAACUGUUAACAGAGAUCGAAGAAGAAAAGGAUUGUAAUAAAUCAAAAGUCAAGGAGGCAAUGGCAUCUUGUCGUCAACUCAUUGAUGAGCAAGAAAAAGUUUUGCUGGAAAAUAUUGAAAAUGUUGAGAAAGAUCAGAAGAAACCAAUCGAAGACUAUAAACGUCGACUUCAAGGAGAACAGCAAGGUUUGAUUGAACAAGUAUUAAAUUUUAUGAUAGAUUGUAAAGACAAACAACCGAGGAAACAAUUGGAAGCUAAAGCUCGAUUUGAAGAAUAUAUAACAAGAACUGAUGAAAAGUUAUUAGAACUAAAACCAAUAAUUAGGACUGCAAAUUAUAUAUCAGGUCUUGAGAAAUUAAGAGAAAUGGAAGGACAGAUUCGAAAUAUCAAGGUGGAGGAAGUUGUAAAAUAUGAAAACCAGCAACUUAGGCAACGUAUAACUAAUGCCCCGGACAAAUCAACGCUUAAUUUAGGUAAUUUAAACUUAACCGAUCUGGAUAUGGAAAUUGUAGCUGCUGAAUUAGAAAUUAAUAAGACACUGAAAACACUGCAAUUGUAUACUAAUCAAAUCAGUGAUAUUGGAGCACAACACUUGGCUGAUGCAUUAAGAAUGAACAAAACACUCACCGAUCUACAAUUGUAUAAAAAUCAAAUUGGCACCAAUGGAUUGCAAGAUUUUGCUGAUGCAUUAAGGACCAACAAAACACUUAGCACAUUGGCCAUGUAUCAGAAUAAAAUUGAAGAUGAAACAGCACAAUAUAUCGCAGAUGAACUAAAAAACAAUCAAGAAAUGGAAGCCCAAAUACGAAACUUAAAUGUCGUACCGGUUCCAAAAUAUGAAAAUCAACAACUUCAGCAACGCAUUGCUAACAAUGGGAACAAUACAACUCUCGAUCUGCGUAGUUCGAACUUAACUGAUCAAGAUAUGGAAAUUGUGGCCAGACAGUUAAAAACAAAUACGACACUAACCUUACUGCAAUUGCAACAGAAUCAAAUUGGAGAUGAAGGAGCACGACAUUUGGGUGAUGCGUUAAAAGUCAACCAAAUUCUUACUCAACUGUAUCUUGGUACGAAUCAGAUCAGUGAUAAUGGGGCACAAUAUUUUGCAGAUGCCCUAAAAACUAACAAAGCAUUAACCCAUUUGCAUUUAUAUCAAAAUCAAAUCGGGGAUAAUGGAGCACAGCAUCUAGCAGAUGGAUUAAAAGUCAAUAAAGUAAGCUGCUUUUAG